AUGCCUCCGCCGCCUUUGAACGCGGUUCCCUCGCCGCGAAAUAGCGAAGAUGCCCAAGACAGACACUAUGACCGAGACCCGGCAAGCCCCAUACAGAGUCCGGCGAGCGUGAUUAGCGUGUGGAGUGAGGGCAAGAAGCCGCGCAAGUCAAAAUGGAGACACGCUAUAGGAAUCCUACUGUUGCUGGCCACAGUGUUUUUAUGGACGGCGUCUAACUUCCUAGCUAGUGUGCGUCCCCAUUCCACCGCACCCUGGAGAGUGACCAAAGCUGAUUGUGCUGGACAGACUAUAUUCGCUGACAACUCCUACUCAAAACCCUACUUCGUUACCUACGUAAACACCGCGUUCUUCAUGAUACCCCUUAUUCCUAUAUUUUUACGGCAUGCUUGGGACGACCGAGACAACAUCAAGCAGCAACCCUUUAUUUUACAGAUUCGCAACCUAGUACAGCGUCGUGUCGGUCGCUACAAACUCCUCCGCGACCAUGAGUCUUCGUCUGGCUCUUCUUUGUUUUCCAAAUCGAGCCGUGAUCGCGCUUCUGGCGCAACCUCCCUCCUUCUCGGCGAUGAGCUAGGUGAAAGCCAGGAAAUAGGCGCAAUGUUGGAUGCUGAAGAGGAGGGACUCACGUUGGGCGAGACAAUGAAGCUUGCGUUUGAGUUUUGUCUGCUAUGGUUUUUGGCCAACUACUUCGCGGCCGCCUGUCUAGAAUACACGACAGUCGCUUCGUCUACGAUCCUCUCCUCCACGUCAUCGAUCUGGACGCUCCUUUGCGGUACGCUCAUGCGGGUAGAGCGCUUUACCUUGCGCAAAUUCAUCGGUGUAUGUGCUUCCCUCGCGGGCGUGAUCCUCAUCUCCUCUGUCGAUGUGUCCGGCGAGACCGACGAAAACCGUGGUUCCUUUCCGCACAAGACGCCGCGCGAGCUCGCCAUCGGCGACGCCAUGGCCUUCAUCUCCGCCGUCUGCUACGGCUUCUACGCCGUCUAUAUGAAAAAACGGAUAGGCGAUGAAAGCAAAGUGAACAUGCCGCUCUUCUUUGGCUUAGUCGGCACACUGAACGUCUUCCUCCUCUGGCCCGGCAUGGUCAUCCUUCACCUUACCGGCACUGAGACCUUUCAGCUGCCGCCCACGGGUAAAAUUCUUACCAUCGUACUUGUCAACUCUGCUUCCUCGCUGGUAUCCGACUUCUGUUGGGCAUAUUCUUUGCUGCUUACGUCUCCACUGAUUAUUACGGUCGGUCUUAGUCUGACAAUUCCGCUGAGUUUAGUGGGGCAGAUGGUGUUGGAUAAGCAGUAUAGUAGCCCGUUGUAUUGGGUCGGCGCUGCUGUUAUGGUAGUGUCAUUCUUGUGUAUCAAUCAUGAAGAUACAAAAGACGAGGAGAUGGGCACGCAGGGCGCGGAGCCUAUUCUCAGUGUCAGGGAGAGUCUGUCGAGCAGGAGAGACAGCAUGCGGAGUCGAAGGGAUAGUAUACGGAGCACCAGGAGUCUUCGUAAUGAUGCUACAUGA